AUGGCAAUGGGCGUAGAUCCCCUUAACGUAACUGCAAUGGCAUGCCCUGCUUUUCCAUUUUGCCCUCUGGCAAUAACUGAAACUGAGCGUGGAAUACCUGACAUCCUAAAGCGGGUUCAUACUGUAUUUGAGAAGGUUGGUCUUGAAUAUAAUGAAUCUAUAGUGAUAAUGAUAACUGGUUGUCCUACUGGUUGUGCUACACCCUACAUGGCUGAACUUGGAUUAGCUGGUGAUGGUCCUAAUUGUUAUCAGAUUGUUGGAUUUGUCUCUAUUGUCUUCACACCAUUACAAAUCUUGAUGUGGGAUUAUAGACAAUUUAGGCUAGGGGUUAAUGCAGAAUACAAUUAUUUGUAUCAGGGAUUUGAGAAACUCCAGGAAUUGGUUGACAAAUGGGAAGGUCCAGUGGAUAAACUUGAAGCUCUUUAA